GUUUGAGGCUUGAGCAAACUAUAUCAACAUGGCUGGUCUCUUUCUGUGACAUAUUUUAAAUAAAUAUUUAAUUGAAUUUUGCAUUCUAAAAAACAAUCGACAGUUUGAUUCAAAAGUUCUAAGCUGUUCUGUUAUUUAAAUAUAAUAUUUGUUGAAAAAAUUAUAGACAAUUGAGUAAAUACGACGAUUUUAAUGAGCAAUAAAAACGAACAAAAUGGCCGCCAGCCACCUCUUCCAGGACAGCCACCGCCUUCGCUAGACAACGAAGUUAACAAUGAAAAUGUACCCACUUCUACUAAUGAUAAAAUGGAAAUAUGCCGCAAUUUUGUUUGGGGCAGCUGCAAUAAAAAUACCCAAUGCAAAUUUCGUCACGAACUUGACUUCGAGGAAAUGAAGAAAAUCUUAAAAUUUUGUCACGACUAUCAGAAUCCUCCCGGCUGUACAAGAGAACAUUGCACAUAUCUACAUACGACCAAAGAAGAAGAGAGUUUAUUUUUUGCCACGGGGCAGCUUCCUCGUGUUCUUGCAGAAAGACAUUCAAAUAUGUCGGCUGCUGCAGCUGAAACUAUACCGCAAAUAGCUCUCUUCAUACAGGAGUCCUUCGUAGGACCUCCGCCACCUCCGCCACCUCCACCUGCCCCCGCUCCAGUAGUUGCUCCAACACCCGUAGCUUCAGCACCUCUACCAACUGCCAGACAGGCACCUCCUAUGCUGCCUAUGCAACAACUGCCGCCGCCGCCGCCACCGCCACCUGUGUCAACUGCGGUGCCCAUUCAACAGCAUGCAUCUGUUUUCCAAGCACCACCAGCAGUGCAGGUAAAUACUCCGGCAUAUGCUAUGAAUACACCACCACCACCUAUGCUUCUAAUGUUUGAUGCAAGCAGACCACCACCACCGAUACCCAGCCAUGUUCCUACAAAAAAGAAUGUAAUAAAAAGACCAUCUCCUACUAAUUUUGAUGCCCAACCGAAGAAAAGGAAGGUGGAAGAGCCGAAAGUCGCAGAUGCUCGCUGCGUUCAGUGCGUGCAGCGUGAUAUCAGAUUGGAAACUUGUAAACAAGAAAUGGACAAGUUAUGUAGUGAAGAGGAGUACAAUACCUUGAUCUACAAAAAGAAGUUGGAGGAAUACCAAAAUCGUAAAGAAUUGUUACGGUCAUUAGUUAGUAAUGAUCUUUUCAGACUCAUAGAAGAAUAUGUAGAAGGUGUACCACAACUCCAAGUUCACGACGUUCUAACACAGUUGAACCAAACACCAUUUGUGUCUGGGACAUCUAGUGUACCGAAACAGUUUUUACUGCAAUUAAUGGAGUAUGUUCUGGAAAACUCAAGGGUUGACGCAGUUCCUUCGUCUCCUCUGCGCCUAGAUGAGUCCUUACUGCAAAGUUUGUCCAGGAGGACAAAUUCUGCCGGACUUUCAUCUCCAGAUGUCUUACAAACGUUUAUGGAAAUCCUUAGGCAGUCAAAUGCACCUGAACGUGUCCAAGCAACCGAAGUGCCCGGAACUAUACCGAGAUGUAGUACAUUGACAACCAGUACUAGCACGAAUGGCCUACAACGCUUCUCAAACGGGCAGAGUCGGGAGACACAAGUGAACCGAAUGGUGCCACCGCCGCCGCAAGUAGCUCUUCCGCCGCCGCCGUCCUACCACCACUAUCCGGCACCGCCGUCUAGGCUGUAUUAUCCUCCGCCAUUUCCCGUUCCAUCUACGGGAGGUGCGGUCGCCACCAGCCAGCUGACGCGAGCGCCGCCUCCCCCCGCGCCGGCCCCGCCCUCUGCGCCCGCACCGCCCCCCGCGCCCUCUUGCCACUCGUACACUGCGACGAGGUACCCUCCGCCAUUCUACCAGCGUCACCAGUAGCAGAAAGUAAUAUGAAGCUAAGGCUAAAACACGAGGUGAACAUGAACUUACUCUAGAUAUACGACAAGUUUUAUAACCUUACGAAUAUACCGAAUGUAAUAGUUGUAAGGGCCCAAACUAGAAUAAGCUCAAAUGUGUUAGAUUUAUUUUAAUUAUAAUUGACAAUGUUUCGAAAAGAAUUUCUCCGCACUAACGGUGUUUGGACGAUCGGUGCUCCCACUGCUAUCACACUAAACGGGUUGGCUAUUUUAUAUCUCGAUCGUAGAUUCUGAAGCCAGGUACCUGAUUUUCUAUGAUAAUACUUCGUCGUUUAUAUGAAAAAGGAGAUUAUUUACGUUCAAUAAAAAAUAGCCAACUCCUGGCUCACUGGCAAUAUAUUUUUUUACUGCUCUUAAGUAGUACAUUCCUCAGCGAUCACGAAAGUAUUGCGGUGAUAUUUUUAAAUAGAAAUAUUAACAUUUUCUUCAUAUUUAUGGAAUGGGUUUCUAUUCGGUUUUGCUGAGGUUCAUAUCAAUAUAAAUAUGUAAUAAAGUGGUUUUGGCAGUGUUCUUGUUUCGAACUAAUUAUUGUUUCAAUGUAUUGUGUAUUAUGUAUAGUUGUGUUAACGUUUCGUUUGAAAUAGCGUAAUAUUUUUUACAACUUAUAUGCAUUGAUAAAUGCUAUUUUUUUUUGUUUACAUUUUUAAAUUAGGUAUUGAUAGCUAUUGUGUUUUGUAUGAAACUGAUAUAAUAUAAAGACAAUUGGACGUGCUGUGCACAAAUAUUCAAACCCUCAAACACUAAUAAAUAUUAU